UGUCUUCAAUUUUGUCUCCCGUGAUAAUACAUGAACACUUGUUGCUUAUGUAAAUGCUUCACCUGGUCUUCAUGAAACGCUGCAGUCUGUAUGAAUGAACUGAGUAUUUGUCUUCUGAUUACUGUAUGCUCUAACUUAAUGCUUGAGUAUAGUAAUUUUGCCGUUUUGUGGCAUGAAGUUCAAAAUGUCAAGUUCACACAUUGAGUAAGGCGGGCUUUGUAAAUCUUCAAUGAAUUUCACUACCUGUAAGAGGACUCCUUUCUCAACUGCUGAAAAUGCUGACACAUUAACUUUAAGGCAUUCGCUGUUUACCCAAGUCAGAAUAUUACAUUUGUCUGUUGCCACGCAAUAACAUUUAUGAUAUCCUUUUGUAACAGGCUAUCCAUAAACUCUGUUUUUUUUUACCUAUUUGUCUUCAAAGAUAUAAAACCAUUUGAUUCAUAUGUUAGAUUUUUAGUUCCAGGGGUAACAAGGAGUUUUUUGCAGAACUGACAUUACAGGUUUGCUGAACAGACCUAAUAUUGCAUUACCUUGUCAGUUGUUUGACAGUAUUGUUAUUACUGAUAUAUAUAUUUGUUUGUCAAUUCAGAACUUUAUCAAUACUGUUUCUAGGUCCCUUUUACUCUUCUUUUGUGUUCCUGGUUUGAGAUGAACAGAACCAGGGGUUUAUUCAUUAGUUCCAUACCGUAGCAAAACGUUUUGCAAUAAAUUAGGUUCUAUUUGACAGGUAGGUCCUGUGAAUACACCUCAGAGGAAGCAAUGAUUGUCUUUCGCCAUGUAAAAGGGAUAGGGAACCAGUCAUUUCCUGAAGACAAUCAUUUCGUUUGUCCAGCAGGUGGCAUGUAUCUCUUUUUUUCAUACAGUUGCUCAUGUGGUUGUCCUACCUGUUCAACCUGCCAUAGACUUACACCAAGCCACUCCCCCAACCCCUAUCAUUCCUCAGCAGAACUACCUGAUGACACAGCGGGGCAAGUUCCUUGUAAACAAUCUAGAUUUCUAUUAAACGUAGAGGACAGGUGACUUGCAAAGUGUUUGUGCGGCUCUUUUAAAUCUGAAGAUUAGGGUGAGUGGCUUCUGGGGAAGUCAUCUUUCCUUUCUCCCCUCACACUCUUGAGAGCUGGACCACUGAAGGUGUACCUCAUGGGUUCAGAUGAGGCCUACAACUUUGUCUUUAAGGUGGUUCUGAUAGGUGAGUCUGGCGUUGGCAAGAGCAACCUGCUCUCCCGCUUCACCAAGAACGAGUUCAACCACGACAGCCGCACCACCAUCGGGGUGGAGUUCAGCACACGCACAAUUCAACUGAAAAGUCUCAUAAUCAAGGCUCAAAUCUGGGACACGGCUGGGCUGGAGCGGUACAGGGCCAUCACCUCUGCUUAUUAUAGAGGAGCUGUCGGAGCGCUAUUGGUCUAUGACAUCACCAAGCAUCUGACCUAUGAGAGUGUGGAGCGCUGGCUUAAGGAGCUAUAUGACCAUGCAGACCCUCACAUUGUAGUCAUGCUGGUGGGCAACAAAACUGAUCUGGGGUCAGAGCGAUCAGUGCCCACUGAGGAUGCCAAGGACUUUGCAGAAAAGAAUGGCCUAUUGUUCUUAGAGACAUCAGCCUUGGAGUCCACAAACGUUGAGACUGCAUUCCAAAAUGUCCUUGGAGAGAUUCACAGGAAGGUGAGCAGUAAAGAGGUGACCCGGGGGUCCAUUAGUGCCGUGUCUCUGGCCAGCCCCGUCCCCAGAGCUGCAGGCGACCCUGAAGAGAAGAAGCCCUGCUGUAGGAACCUCUGAUGGGACAAACCACCCCCUCAGGUGGAAUAGAGCACUCCAUCUUCCUCUAGUUAGUGUGCCCAAAUGGUGCAAGCCUGAUUGAAAAGAAUGAUGCUGAACAAGACCACUCUGAUGUGACAUAGUUACAUGUUGGCAGACAGAAUGAGUUUUCCAUUCCUAAAGAAUGUAAUGUGUAUGUACAUGGCUGGGGGUACAUUUUACCCCCAAAGAAUCCAGCAAUCAUUUGAAUAUAAAAAUAUAUCAAAUAGCAUUUUUGUGUAAACUUCUAAGAUUCAACGUUUCUUAGGAUGAUUUUAUUUUUAAAGGUAGUCAACUGAUGUACAGAAUAUUUGCAUUUUUAGUGACUGAGGUUGGACAACAAGUGCCAAAACCAUGUUUUUACACAAAGCUUGAUUAAUUAAAUUUGCUGUCACUGUU